GGGGCCCCGUGGCGUCAGCUCAAGAUGGCUGCCUCGGCGGCGCUGUUCUCGCGCUUGCGGAGCGGGCUCGGGCUCGGCGCGCGGGGGCUGUGCACGAGGCUGGCGACGCCGCCCCCCAGAGCCCCAGACCAGGCUGCAGAGAUUGGAAGCCAUGGGAGCACUAAGGCCCAGGGGCCACAGCAGCAGCCAGGCUCAGAAGGUCCCAGUUAUGCCAAAAAAGUUGCACUUUGGCUUGCUGGUUUGCUUGGAGCCGGUGGGACUGUGAGCAUCAUCUAUAUUUUCGGAAACAACCCUGUGGAUGAAAAUGGUGCCAAGAUUCCUGAUGAGUUCGACAAUGAUCCAUUUCUGGUACAGCAGUUGCGUCGGACAUACAAAUAUUUCAAAGAUUAUAGACAGAUGAUCAUCGAGCCCACCAGCCCCUGCCUUCUCCCAGACCCUCUGCGGGAGCCAUACUACCAGCCGCCCUACACACUCGUCUUGGAGCUGACUGGUGUCCUCUUGCACCCUGAGUGGUCGCUGGCUACUGGCUGGAGGUUUAAGAAACGCCCAGGCAUCGAGACCUUGUUCCAGCAGCUUGCACCUCUGUAUGAAAUUGUCAUCUUUACGUCAGAGACUGGCAUGACUGCGUUCCCACUUAUCGAUAGCGUGGACCCCCAUGGCUUCAUCUCCUACCGCCUGUUCCGGGAUGCCACGAGAUACAUGGAUGGACACCACGUUAAGGACAUUUCGUGUCUGAAUCGGGACCCAGCCCGAGUGGUAGUUGUGGACUGCAAGAAGGAAGCCUUCCGCCUGCAGCCCUACAAUGGCGUCGCCCUGCGGCCCUGGGAUGGCAACUCUGAUGACCGGGUCUUGUUGGACCUGUCUGCCUUCCUUAAGACCAUCGCACUGAACCAGGUGGAGGACGUGCGGACUGUGCUGGAGCACUACGCCCUGGAGGACGAUCCGCUGGAGGCUUUCAAACAGCGGCAGAGCCAGCUGGAGCAGGAGGAACAGCAGCGCCUGGCUGAGCUCUCCAAGUCCAACAAGCAGAACCUCUUCUUCGGCUCUCUCACCAGCCGCUUGUGGCCUCGCUCCAAACAGCCCUAAUACUUUGGGCCUCCUCAAACUCACUGCCUGGGUCCAAGGCCUCAGGCCACAGUUCUCCCAGACCAAGGCUUGGGCAGCCAUGUGUCCAAUAAAGUGCAUCCCAGAUGCCACAACUCCUGUGUCCGGAGAGUCUGCAGUUGGGGCAUCAGGGUGCGGUCCGGGACUUGGGUCAUCCUCCCAUGGUGACCAGCUGACUGUCGAACAGAGGGGGGGCUCUGUUGGAUCAGGGCCACUUUGGGCCUGGCUGUCUGGAAACCUGGGUCUCUGCUCGGCUGUAUGAUCUGCAAAAGUGCGUCUCUCUGGCCUCACAUUCCUCGCAUGUGGAGAAAAGGAGGGUGGAGUUAAGACAGGUAGCGUCCGUGGAAAUAAAGCCAAGCUGAACUGUGGUUGUCUAGAGAGGCCCACCUCACGUGGGCUGCUCUCCUCUGGCCUGCUGUGGCCCCAUGGGAAGGUGGCCUUGGAGUU